AUGAAUGUGGAGGGCUACAACUCCGCAGAUCUGACAUCUGUCUUGAGGACUCUAUCAGCUCUGUCAAAUAAUCAAAGUCAUCAGGGUUAUCAAAACAAUUCUCCUUCCGUCCACAUAUCAUCUUAUUCUCGCAUUCCCCAAAGAACGCAGGACGAGGAAGACGACCCGUAUGAGCCUGCAGAAGCUUCACCUCCAUUUCCUGUAGCCCAAGUACAUUCAAAUCAAUCAACUUAUCAAAGAACCGCAGGGGCUCAUGCGCCCUCAGCUAAAGCUCCUCUGCAUCCUAAUGCAUCAAACAGUAUCGCGGACUCUUCUUCCAUCACCACAUGGGCUGCCGCUCUACGACAUGUGAUGCGGGAAGUAUCCCAGAAUGAAGACACACAACGACGAAUUCGGCGAUUGAUCCAAAGCCAGCACGACCACGAGAGACAGUGGUGGCAAGGACGAGAAGCCUUGCUCAAGAAACAGAAGGCUCGUGUAGAGAAGAAGAAAGAGCUAGAUGCAGUUUUACAGCCGAAGAAGAUCAAGCAGAGUUGA